ACCCCGCCCCCUCACUGUCCAAGCGCGCAGCGGAGAGGAAGCGUCAGUCGGCGGACCGCGGACCAGGCUGCUUUUCAGUUGGGAGCUCGCUCGUUCCCGGGAGCCACGCAGCCUCAUCAGCGGUGGCAGAAGCGACGGAGAGCGCCAUCAGCGGGCCCUCGCGGCGCCCAGCCCUCGCUGCGCGCGCCCCAUUUGCCCUCGGACUCGGCCUUACCCGCCGCCGGCGGAGACGUGAGGCGACGACGGCAAGCGCCCCAAGCAGCGUUAGCCUCGGCGGCCUCCGGUCCUCCCUCCGCCUCCUCCUCUGCCCCCCCUCGCUUCCCUCCUCCCACUUCCCGAGCUCCGGCGUGUCCAGGCCACGCUUGGUGCUGCUGCAGGAACAAAGAAGGACCCCGCGGCGGCGGAGGUAGCACCACCCUCGCCUGUGGCCCCUACCUGCUUCCCGCCCGCGGCGGCGACUCCAGGGCGUCGGGCUAGCUCAUCCACAGACCUCGGCUCGGUCCCACCGCGCCGGCGUCGCGCGCAAGCCUGACUUCUGCACUCCAGCCCACGCACGCAGAAAAAUAUGGCUCAGGAGACUAACCAGACCCCAGGGCCCAUGCUGUGUAGUACAGGAUGUGGCUUUUAUGGAAAUCCUAGAACAAAUGGAAUGUGUUCUGUUUGCUAUAAAGAACAUCUUCAGAGGCAGCAGAAUAGUGGCAGAAUGAGCCCAAUGGGGACAACUAGUGGUUCCAACAGUCCUACCUCAGAUUCUGCAUCUGUACAAAGAGCAGACGCUAGUUUAAACAACUGUGAAGGUGCUGCUGGCAGCACAUCUGAAAAAUCAAGAAAUGUGCCUGUGGCUGCCUUGCCUGUAACUCAGCAAAUGACAGAAAUGAGCAUUUCAAGAGAGGACAAAAUAACUACCCCGAAAACAGAGGUGUCAGAGCCAGUUGUCACUCAGCCCAGUCCCUCAGUUUCUCAGCCCAGUACUUCUCAAAGUGAAGAAAAAGCUCCUGAGUUACCUAAACCAAAGAAGAACAGAUGUUUCAUGUGCAGAAAGAAAGUUGGCCUUACAGGGUUUGACUGCCGAUGUGGAAAUUUGUUUUGUGGACUUCACCGUUACUCUGACAAGCACAACUGUCCAUAUGAUUACAAAGCAGAAGCUGCAGCAAAAAUCAGAAAAGAGAAUCCAGUUGUUGUGGCUGAAAAAAUCCAGAGAAUAUAAAUUACUACUUGUGAAGAGACUGAAACUUUGUUUUUAUUUUAAUAUAUCGUAGGAAAACAUUAAAGAGCAGAUGCAUGGCCAUUUUCCUUUGAUGUUCUCCAGAGUUUUACUUUAUACUUGUCUGUCUUAUAAUUGAUAUUUUAGGAUGUUUGGGUGUUUGUUACAGGCAGAAUUGGAUAGAUACAGCCCUACAAAUGUAUAUGCCCUCCCUUGAAUAAAAUUGGAUGAAAAUCUGCACAGGAAAUUGAGUUAUACAGAUAAAUGGGACAAAAUUUAGUUCCCACGUGCCAAACAAAAUACAAGAAAUCUCUGCAUGUUUGCAGCAUAUCUGCCUUUUGGGAAUGUAAUCAAGGUAUAAUCUUUGGCUAGUGUUAUGUGCCUGUAUUUUUUUAAAAAAUGGUACACCAGAAAAGGACUGGCAGUCUACUUCUACCAUAGUUAAACUUCACCCUGUUAAUUUCCACAACAUGUUCUUUGGAAGCAGGAAGAAGGCUAUAAAGAGGAUCAGACCUUUCCGUGAAACCAGUAUUUGGUGCCAUAUGUAAGCCUGGCUCAUUGCUCUUCUAAAAGCUGUCAAAUAAGACAUUCUAUGAAAGGUAAACAUCGCAACUGGUUAUCAUAAGAGUAAAACCAUCAAGCAACAGGGUCUUGAGCUACCAUUGAAGCUUAUUGUGCUGGCCUGCACCAGAAGACGUCUGCAUCACUCUCAUUGCUAAAAAUGUUGUGUAGCACAGAACUGCACUAGGAUUAAUUUGUUUACAAGAAGAAAUUAAAACUCUACGUUUGGUUUUCACAUACAGCGGCUCUAUUGAAUAACAUGCAUCUGAAUUUUAAGUUGCAAAGGUAUCUAUCUGAACAGUUAAUUUUUCAUGUGCAUCUUUUGUUGAAUGUUUUGGUUCAAGAAAGAAUGUUUAAAGCUUUUUUUUAAAAGACUUCAGUUCUUAAUGUAACUACCCUUCUGCAUGGAAAAAUCAUAAUCAACAUGGCUGCAGUAGACUUCUUAGUGGUAUCCAGCACCACUUGCAGAGGGCUGCUUUAUCAUAUUAAUUGUACUUGGAUGUAGGACUCUAGUGUUCUUGGGUGUAUUGCAUGGGCUGCAUUAUCUACAGCAUUGUACAAUAACAACUAGAAGAGGCAGUAUACUUCACUGACGCUUGUCUGGUAAUAUCACUUCUGUGUUAUAAUGGAAGGUUUUCUGUGAUGUAUGAAACUUGUGUUUUUUAUAUAUAAAUGAGUAUAGUUAGAUUAGUGUUGUGGUAAUGCCUGUUUUCAUCUGUAAAUAAGUAUGUACACGAGGCACUACUUCUGAUUUAUUGCAGUGUUCAGUCCUAGUUUUUACUUUUAUUCUUAAAGCAUUCACAGUUUUGCUUUUCAAUUUUAUGUACCUUAGUUCGGAGUUAGAUCUGCGGAUGUGUACAGAUAGUUCAUAUUUAUGUAUUGCACAUAAUCAUGCUAUCCAGCAUUGAUGCUAUAUUGUAUUAUGUAAAUAAUAAAAGCCAUGUACAGAGGGAAA